AAUUCGAACCCGAAUACAGCCAAUUUCUAUGGUUGACAUGUAAUGCCAAAUGCCACGUAAUUUUCAGCGUUGCGAAUUACAAGUAAGAUUUUGAAAAAUGGGUAAUUCUGAAAGUGUAGAUAUUCCUGGUGGAGGCUCUGAAGGCUAUCAUGUGCUACGGGUACAAGAAAACUCACCCGGAAGUAGGGCCGGCCUGCAGCCUUUUUUCGAUUUCAUUGUUGCUGUUAAUGGUGUUCGUUUAGACAAGGAUAAUGAUGCCUUGAAACAAAUUUUGAAAAAUGGUAUAGGUAAACGUUUGCCACUCACUAUAUAUAGCAGCAAAACACAAAGUGUGAGAAGUGUAACAAUUGAACCAAGCGACUCGUGGGGAGGCCAAGGUUUGCUUGGAGUAAGCAUUCGAUUCUGCUCCUUUGAAGGUUCAAAUGAAAAUGUCUGGCAUGUGCUUGAAGUACAUCCUAAUUCUCCUGCAUUAAUAGCGGGUCUUCAACAUUUUACUGAUUAUAUUAUUGGAGCUGAUUCUGUUUUGCAUGAAUCUGAAGAUUUAUAUGCUUUAAUUGAAAAUCAUGAAGGAAAAAAAUUGAAAUUAUAUGUAUAUAAUUCAAAUGAUGAUUCUUGUAGAGAAAUAACUAUAAUACCUAAUCGGAAUUGGGGAGGGGAGGGGCUUUUAGGUUGUGGCAUUGGAUAUGGUUAUCUUCAUCGAAUUCCAGUUAGAGGUAGUUCUUCUGUAACAACAAUUGAUAAUACAUAUUCUUACAUUGAACCUUCAGUUUCAUACUCUUCAGGACAGUUAAAAGGAGAAUGUCCUACAAUUAAGUCUGAACCUCAAGUAUAUGGAACACAUGCUAUAGCUGAUGGAAAAAUAAAUGAUGCUUCAAAUAUUAUUUCUGUACCAUCAAGAGAUAACCAGUUGCCUGAUGCUGUAAAUGAGAAUCCUUAUAGAAUUAAAUCCAACAACUUUACUUCCGAUCUACCACCUCCUUCAAGUAUUCCUGCAACUUUAAAACUGCAAAAUGUAACAAAUCUUCAAGCCCCAUGUACUGCAAUAAGAAGUAUGGUUUCAACUACUUCAUCUUUACCUGUUAUGAAUAAAGGCACUUUAAUUGAUACAGUGCACAGUCAAUUGAAUGCAGUUCAUAUGUAUACUGUCAACGAUGGGGGAUCAAAUUCUACGAUUGAUUCAUUUCCUUCAAUUCCUGUUAUUAUGCCAAGUGCACUACCAUUACCCCAAACUGCUGUAGAUGCAAAUGUAGAAAAUGUUGAUGGUGAUGUUUCUCAACAGCACUUUUUCUUCAAUCACGAGAUUGCAGCUCAGUCAGCCCAACAGUUGUUACAAAAUAACCCAAAUUUUCAAAUAAGUUAGAAUAUUUAACGGAUAUCUACUGCAGGAGAAAUAUCAGUUCAAAAUAGACGGUCAGAAAUAUAGAGGGUAGAGGGAUGAAUAAAAUAUCCUAACACAAUUUUUUUUAUAUUGAAGGCCCUACAGCCCCAGCUCCAAGGAUUAAAAUGAACCACCACUAUUCUGGAGAGCAUGUUCCUCCUAAUUUUUCGAAUGUGUAAAACGACUGGCCAAUAAAAUUGAUAGAGAAAUGUA